AUGGUGAGCGCCGCCACAGGGGCCUUUGGGGUGGUCCUGGAGAAGCUGGCCGACAUGAUAGGUGACGCGUGCGCGCGUCUCGUGGGCGUGUGCGGCGAGGUGACGUUCCUCAAGGCAGAGCUCGAACACAUGGGCGCGUUACUCGUAAGGCUGUCCCGGUUCAAGUACCGAGCUUUCGUGUCCGCCUCUCAAAACCCUGACGUGGUGAAGGUUCUUAGAGGUAUUAUGAGCCAACUGAGCAAGCGUGAGUACAGUAGCACUGAAUCUGGGGAUGAGAGGCAACUCAUUGACAAGAUUCUAGAUUUCCUUCGAGACAAAAGGUACUUCAUUGUGAUUGAUGAUGUAUGGAGCGUAGAGACAUGGGAGAUUAUCAAAUGUGCAAUUUCCGGAAACAGUUUUCGUAAUAGAACAGACCUACAAAGAAUCUUCCUUGCUGUUUUCAAAAAAAAAAAAAAUCUUCCUUGCUUGCUCUUUGUCUGCGAUCGACGCCCUCCUAUCCCUGAAUACCACUUGGUCCUGAUCAAACUGCCGAGCACACACCCUCUGCCUGUUGACGGACGUGAGCUCGGGUCGCCGUCCGUCCGCCCGCCCGCCGGUCUCUUCCGCUUCCCCGCGGACAAACGCGAGGCCGCCGUCCUCCUCUGCUUUGGAAACAGGCCGCCCCAAGAUGCGUCGCAGCCGCAUCGCCAGGCCAUCCAGCACGAGGACGACCGGCUGGCCAAGCUCAAGAGGUCCAUCAACAAGAUGCGCGAGCCGCUGAUGCUGGCGGCGACCGUCUGGGCGUGGACGGCCUUCCGGUCCGCCCUGCAUCCCCCGGGCGGCUCCUGGAAGCACGGCAAAGACGGGCACGCCGCCGGCACCCCGGAUAUGGCUAGCCAUGGAGUUUUCAGAGUGUUGACCGCCAUGGCCUUCGCGGCCUCAGCGCUGCUCGAGGUGCUGCUCUCCAGCGAGCGGUUCUACAGGACCUGGGACGGGAUGGCACGGCUGCUGCUCGUCGCUCUCCUCGACGUCGCAUGCGUCGUCUCCGCCUACGUCGUCGGCGCCGACCCGAGUGACCCAACCCACAGCCCCGUCUUCCUCCUUGGCACCCUCAUGGUCUUGGUCUUCCUCUUCUUCGGCGUACCCAAGGCUUGGAGAUUUGCCGUCCGCUACGUUAGCGAGUAACAUGUUAUCUGGCCAAUUACUGUGCUGUGGACCAGGAUUAUCAAUCAGUAAUGCUGUAGGAGUAUAUGAUUUAGUAUAUGUACUGUAGGUAAAAGCGACUGACUGAAGAUGAUUAAGGGUACCGCCCCUGUGUACAGUAGCUGUUAGUGUUGUUAUUAUUAUUUUUUUGAAACGAAAGGGGUCGCCCCCCUGC